GUUUUUUUGUUUGGCCCUAUCAUUUCCUUCAUAGAACGAAGGCGGUUGGUUUAUGACAAUUCAGCAAUCCAUAUUCUAGCCUGCGAGCGAGGAGCAAAGCGAUUCGGCGGGAGGGAGUCUGGUGUAGAGUCUUGUCUCGCGGCUUUACCGCUUUAUUUCGCGCGUGCUUGUGCUCCAACGUGAGCCCGCUCGCAGGCUAUCCAUAUUCUGUAGCACGGAUUUUGUCUAAACUACUCCUUGGGUACCCGAGCUAAGCAUUUUUUCUUUGUUAUAGGUUGGUUAUUCCAUUAAUUGAUAAAAAUGGAGAUGGUCAAAUAUCAGUCGAAGAACUUGCUGCCUGGACAGGCAGGAGUAUGAAAAAUUUUUACAAACAAGAGGCCGAGAAUCGGCUAAAGACACUGGACACGAAUAAAGACGGCAAGGUCUCUUGGGAAGAAUAUAUCAAGGGCGCUGAAAACAGAGGAGGUUUUACAGAGAAACAAAAACAGCGCCACAAAAGAAGAUUUGAUCAUGCUAACGCGAAGGAAGACGGUUUAUUAUCACGUGAUGGUUUGAUUUCUAUGUUCCAUCCUGAGGAAAAUCCAAGCAUGUUUGGAGCCAUAGUUGAAGAAUUCAUGGAAUUCGUGGAUACCGACAAAGAUGGGUUUCUAUCAUUCGAUGAGUACAAAGGUAAAACGGUAGAUACUGGCAGCACGGACCAACGGACCGCUGAAGAAUCUUUCAAAAGGCUUGAUCAAGAUAGUGAUGGAAAACUGAACAAAGAAGAGAUGAAACUUUGGUUGGCUGCCGUUAAUACUUCCUCUCAAGCAAAGAACCAAGCAAAACGGCAAGUUAGCAUGGCCGAUGAUAAUAAGGAUGGUGUUUUAGGUGAAAUGGAAAUUCUCAACCACAUAGGAGUUUUCACUGGACGCGAAGGGCUUCGGACAGGAGAAGGAGCCAAGGACGAAUUAUGAAGCUCUGAGUUUCUGUUGGGUUAUCGCGUCGCAAUGCUGUUGUCACAGAGUGCAAUGGCAGAUAAAUCGAGAAUGAUGUUUCAACAGAGAGAUACUUCAGAAUGAGCGUGAAGAAGAAGACAAAGGCAACAAACAAACAGACAGUAUAACUGCUUUAUAGCAGGCAGGUUUUUGUAUUCAGUUUGUGACAGCAAUAUUGUUAAACAGCGGCUACGAGGUAAAACAUGAGGUGAGUGACUAAUCUCGUACCCAGAUCUCACUCUGUUUGACUCUGGCCGUGGAAGAUUUGGGUUCGAGCUUAGUUAGUGACA